AUCCGCUGGAUACUAGAAGCGGCUCUGCCUACACUGUUGUCAAAAAUUUUGUUGAAAUUGUGCUGGUCAUCCAUUCCGGAAGGAUAAUAUUCUACGAUGGAAGCUUCUGUGAAAGUAAUGCCUGGGAUGAAGGACUCAUUUGACGUGACUAAAGGCCAUUUAGCACCACUGGACAAGAAUUGCUCUGGGCAAAUAAGUUUUGAGCAUCCACUGAAGCUGUCCGAGGAGAAAUACGAGGCCCACAGUAAUAGUCUCAACAUGAAUAUACUUCGCAAUCGUGAGGGCAUCCAUGCACCCCUGAAGAUGACCAUGGAGAUGCAGGCAGUGAAGAAAGUCGGCCGGUUGCCGUUCCUGCAAUCGAGCAAUGCCUCCCUGGAUUCCCUAAUUGGACGGGAUCUUUGUCUCGAUUUCACAGACUUCCUCAAUUCGCCGGAAUUCAGUGAAACUCUCCGUCAACCACAUGCAGUGAUGGAGAAAUCUUUGGGUAUUUUGUAAAUCUCUAUUUUCCUAUACUUAAUAAAUUCAUCCGGGAAGCUUCUACUUUAGCGUGCUUCUCGUAAUUACUCC